UGUUAGCUUUUGUUUUCUGGCUGCUUGAGGAUGUCGGGACGCGGUAAGGGAGGUAAGGGGUUGGGGAAAGGAGGUGCCAAGCGCCACCGGAAGGUUCUGCGUGACAAUAGCCAGGGCAUCAUCAAGCCAGCCAUCCGGCGCCUGGCCCGCCGCGGCGGAGUCAAGCGCAUCUCCGGCCUCAUUUAUGAGGAAACCCGUGGGCUCAAGGUGUUCCUGGAAAAUGUGAUUCGGGACGCUGUCACCUACAUGGAGCACGCAAAACGCAAGACAGUUACGGCCAUGGACGUGGUCUACGCGCUUAAACGACAAGGCCGUACCCUGUAUGAUGUUGGUGGUUAAACAGCAUUUGGAAGCCAUGUUUCCUAAAAAGGCCCUUUUUAGGGCCCCCAAUCUUUCAGUAAAAGAGUUGGAAUGACUGUAAGUCGGGUCUUAACAAAACUAUUAUCGCUGGACUUCUCAAUACUGCUUACUAACAGUUAACUGGGAGUGUUACACUAGCAGGCGACCGUGGGUCGAGAUUUCCCGAGGCUGGGACGAAGUCUCUGCUAGCCAGUCGCUUACGGCGGCAGACUGAAAUUACAGCAGGAUUGAUCCGCGAGGAAAGUCCCAAAGACCAGGGAUCUAAAUAGGGCUUUGCUGGACACUAACCUUACCGGAUCCUUUGGCUUAACAUAAUGUCUCAGUGAGAGGUCCGUUACGUUCCACAAAGGGGAGGAGCCUCGAGGGUAGCUGUAGUCGUUAGUUUUAAGCAGAAAUUGUCCCUGAAAUACCUACUGGGGGUCUUGGAGAAAAUGCAUCUUUUCCCCACCUUCACUUCACUACAUUGGAACACAGUUGGGGGUUACCUGCGGCCUUGGGGCCAUACUGUGGCCUUCUGGAUCCUUGAGUGUGGCCUUUUGACUGAAUCCGGUUUUUACAGAACAAGUCUUUUCAUUAAAAUGGAUGCAGAAGAGAAAGAUGAAGCUUUUCUUGUCUCCUUUGCUUAAAAAAGGGCAAUCUUGAAAUCAGAUGGCUGCAGG